UUUUAUAGAACCGUUAGAAAUUAAAAGGAGGAACAUGCCCUGCCUGCACAUCAUCACCAAUCUUAACUUAGAUGGAGUUGACACUAACCCUGUCUUUUCUGAAGUCACCACUGCUGUCUCUACUAUCAUCGGAAGACCUGAAAAGUUUGUGAUGGUGAUACUGAAAUCUUCAGUGCCAAUAUUAUUUGAGGGUAACAAGGAACCAGCAGCAUAUGCUGAGAUAGUUUCAAUGGGUGGCAUAGAUUCAGAAGUGAAGAGGAAGCUCAUUGCUACCAUUGGAACCAUUUUGCAGUCCAAGCUUUCUAUCCCAAGAACACGAUUUUUCCUCAAAGUCUUUGAUACCACUGCAUUUUCUACCAAAUCCAAAAUGUAAUGCUAGCUUUCAAAUUCUCACCAGCUUCCUGUAUUAAUUUUCUCAUGUUCUGCUUUAAAUUUCAAUAACUGUGCAAUGUUAAUGCCCAAAUUCUCCUACUCUUUAUUGAAAAAUCAAACAAAGAGAACUUUUAUUCA